AUGAGGCUGGCGCCAAGGCUGGGGCUCGUGGCCCUGCGUCGUCUGGCUGCGACGCGGGUCCUGCGCACGCUGCGGGGCCGCAGCCGCCGGGAGGUGAGCGCCCGAGGGGCCGGGAGGCGAGCCGGGGACCCCAGGCGGGUGUGGACAUCGUGUCCACAGCCAGCGUCCCCGAAGCCGCGCUCGGGCCGUGAUCACUCGGUGAAGCUGCGCUGCGACACAGCAGCCGACUUCUUCCCGCGCUGUGAGGACCUGUGCGCGCUGCAGGACUCAGUGCCUCUGCCUGCGGGAGGGCCUGCUGGUCUUAACGGCGACCGCUUCCGCGGGCUGGACUGGUGCGCCCCUGAGCACCCUCUGCCCCUGAUCUGUAUCCGGAGCUUCUUCCAGGCACAGCUGGGCGAGACAGGUUGUGACAGAAAUAAAGUUUACAGAAGUCGUGUUCCUGCGAUUAGAAAUAAAGAUGUGACCUUCUAGUUGUGUAAAGCUCUUAAAUGCUGUGUAAGUGCGUCGUGUGCGCUAAGGAACCUGGAGCUAAGUGGGGUAGUUGUGAGAGAGAAAGACUUAACUAUGUUAACAAAGGGAUUGAAUAAAUCGGCCACUUUGGUGCACGUGUGUCUUGCGAGUUGUCCACUUGGAGAUGGAGAUUUAGAAAUUAUUUGUCAAGGUGUAAAGAACUCUACCACUCUUAAGACAGUAAACUUCACGGGGUGUAAUCUGACAUGGCAGGGAGCAGAUCACAUGGCCAAGAUCUUAAAGUAUCAGACUACCAGAAGGCACGAAGAAACCUGGGCUGAGAGUCUUCAUUCCAGGAGACCUGAUCUUGACUGUAUGGCUGGUUUGAGACGCAUCACUCUGAACUGCGACAUGCUCAUUGGUGACCUGGGUGCAAGUGCUUUUGCAGAAUCUCUUAGUGAGGAUUUGUGGCUUGUAAUGACCUUUUGUCUUUCAUCAAAAACACUUGACCUGCAGCAGUGUGGCCUCACCAGUGAAGGAGCAAAGGCUUUACUAAAGGCCCUUGAAACCAACAGAACUCUGCUCUUUCUGGAUGUAAGAAAAUAUCCAUUUGUUGAUCAUUCUGUGAUGAAAACAGUUAUCAAAAAAGGUCUCCAGAAUGGAAGGAGUGCCAAGUCAGAGUACCAGUGGAUAACUUCUCCAUCGGUGAAGGAACCAUGCAAAGCUGCUAGACAGAAAAAGAGAACUAUAAUUUUGGGAAGUGGUCGAAAAGGAAAAGCUACUAUUAGAAUUGGCUUGGCUGCAAAGCAACCUGUAAGUAAUGGAAUGAAACACUCUGCUGGUAAAGAAUGUUAUGGUCCUGAACCUCUACCACCUGGUGUGUCUGGUUUCUGGCCAUGGCGUACUGCAGAACGUGGAAAAAUUACAGACAUUUUGAAGUCUUUUCUUACAGAAUCUUGGCUUAAUCUGAUAGGAGAAUAACCACAUUUUGUUUUAUUUUGUAUUCAUUUGAUUUCCUGGUGAGGUUUACUGGCUGUUUGUAUUCAUUUGGCUAGUUGGUUAAUUACACCGUGUGUCCAUUCUUCUGUAGUGAGAGUUUGUAAGGGUUGUAUCAUAUCCUGUCAGAUCCAUAUGUCUGACUUGCUAUUUCUGUAUGUCAUGGGGUGUUGAAAGACUCCAGUUAUUUUAAUGUGAUGGUCCACUCAACACUUAAAUAAAUGACUCAUGAUAGUUUCCUUUCAUGUAAUAGUUUUUAAUACCUGUGCUUUUGUUUAAAUGAGUAGGUUGUUCAGCCCCAGAACUACUAGAAGUCAUGAUCAUUUGUUUUGGUUUUUGUCUGACGUUUAACCGCGAGAGUUCUUGGCCAUCAUACUUUCAUGAUAGGUUUUUAGUAUGUAUUCUCUAUUCACACAUUGUUUGAAUUUGUUAUUAUUUGUAUCCUAGAUAAUGGUACGUUUGGGCUUCCCUGGUGGCGCAGUGGUUGAGAGUCCGCCUGCCGAUGCAGGAGACGGGUUCGUGUCCUGGUCCGGGAAGAUCCCACAUGCCGCAGAGCAUCUGUGCCCGUGAGCUAUGGCCGCUGAGCCUGCGCGUCCGGAGCCUGUUGCUCCGCAACGGGAGAGGCCACAACAGUGAGAGGCCCGCGUACUGGGAAGACAAAAUAUUAUUCUCACAUUUCAGUUAUUUUUGAGAGCAUAUGAUCUAAAUCUGUUUUAUAUAGACAGAGAGAUGCUUGAUAAAAAUCCAUGGAAAUGUGUGCUAGAAUCCAGAAAUCCCUGAAGAAUCUACUCAGCUAACAUAUAGCAAUAUUUUCUUAUAGGAAUAUUUUGUUCAAGUUUAUGCAUUAUAAGUACAGAAAAAAGGUAAUAAAUUGGACUUUUGAAUGAAAAGAUUAGCAGAAACACAAAUUUUAGUUAUAUCAUAAGGAAAUGGAAUAAUAAUUCCAAAAUAUUUUUAUAAAGGAGGUUUAUUAAAAAUUAACAUAAUGUACAUAUAUGUAUUGUAUCCCUAUUCUGAUUUUUAAACUUUAAGUCCACAAAUAACAUAAGGUUUUGUUCUUUUAGGAUAUUAAAACACUGAGAAAAAAUGAAAUUAUCCUUUUGCAACAAACAGAAAAUAUUAUGCCAAAUCUCAUAUCUAAAGUUUUUAUCUUUAUAAAUAAGUGUGUUUUGUUGCAAUAUCAUUUGUGGAAUAAGUAACUUUAUAAAGAUUAGUUUACAUGCCAAAUCUGAUAAGACACCAUAAGUAAGAAUAUAAAACAUUUUGAUAAUAUUCUGUGUAAGAACUAUAGAUAUGAAAAUAUUCUAUGAUAUUAAUAAUCAUGUUCAUUAUUUGGCCUUAUGCUAUUUGGUUUAUUAUUUGGCAUUAUGCUAUUUGGACAACUAGCUUGAAGACUGGGGGGAAAAUGAAAAAUUUUUUUUCUAUUUCUAAUUGUAAUCUUUAUAGGACACUUGUUUUAAAUAGACAAUUCGUUAUGUGUUUGCAAUAAUAUUUAUACCACUUGCAAUCAUUCAAUUGAAGUACUAUUAUUUUAUUACUUUUUAAAAGAAUAUAUUUAGCAAAUAUUCCCAGAGCAUCAAUUUUAAUAUUCUUAUAGAUGAACAUAAAAAAUGGAAAGGAUUGUUUUCCAUGACUAUUUGGUGGUCCAAAUAUUUUUCUUUUGAGUACAUUUUAUAUUUCUUCUUCUUAAGAAGAAUGACAUUUUAUUAAAUAUUGACAAUAAAAAAUAUUUUAUUUUUAAAUAAAAUCUUUCUUUUUCAAUCAUAUGCUUUCUUUCAGACAAUUAGUUUGCACCACUGAAAGGACAUCUUCACACGUGUUUCUGGGAAAUGUUGCAUUUAUCUCUUGGGUUACAUUACUCUGUAUGAAAAAGUUAAGGAUUUGGAAAUUUAUUUUACUUCUCUAUUAUCCUUUACUAGAAAAGAACUUUUUGAUUCAAAGAUGAAAUUUUUCUGGAAGUCCCAUGGGAGUAUUAAGUUACCUUGGACUAAACUGAAUCAUCAGUGAUCAUCUUAGCUGUCAAUGACCUAUAGAUGACAUAUUUAUCUAAUUAAAAGAUGUCUUAUUUUGAAAGAAAUGGUGCAUUGUGCAUAAUUAGAAAAUUGGAGUCAUUGGCUUAUUAAUCUAAUGAGGCUAGCCAUUUAUAUUACUACGUGGAGAAGUUGUUUUAUUUGCAAUUAACAAUGCUGUAUAUGAAAUGUUAAUUCUUGAUAAAGAACAUAAAAAUUAGGCACAUCAUAAUUUUUCAGAGGAAAUUUCAGUUCUUUGCUAUAUACCCCUGUCACUUAUUUCUGUUACUAGAGUAUGAAACACUUGUAUACUGUUUUUCACUAACCAGUCCCUUAGACUUGCACACCAGCCAUCCAUUCAUCCUAUUCUAUCCCUGUUACAGAGAUAAACAUGCAUCCCCUCCUCAGCAGUGAUGUUGGUUCAAGCUGUAGGCAUACGACAUGAUCCAAGUAUGUCUGUGUCCUUUCCUAGGAAUUUUCAAAUUGUUUUGAGGAUGAAGUCGUUCCUUUUCCUCUUUGAUCACAGAACUCUAAGAAUAUAAACCUAGGAAAUAGCCAGCCAUGAAUCCAGCUGACUUGAGAUCAUAAAACCAUCAGCGAAAAACAGAGAUAAGAGAAUAAAAAGUCACUGAUUUCAUUAAAAACUUUGGGCUAGCCACUUCUGAAAUCAUGUUUUGUUUUUCUUUUUUGUUUAAUUAAGAAAUAUAAUUGCCUUCUGUUGUUUUGGCUUCUUAGAAGUGAAUUUCCAUUAGUUGCAAUUGAAAGAGGCCUGACUAUACAAGAUAUAUUUGAUUUUUAUACAAAUUCAAAAAAAUGAUGCAGAAUAAAGUAAGUAAAGAUAAAAACAAAUAGAGAAUAGUAUUGUAUUGUAAGUUAAUCUUAAAUAACCUUAUUGUAUAGAAAGUUUAUUAUUAUUUUUACUUCCAUUAUGUGGAAGAUUCUUUGGUAUCUGUGAAAAUUUGUGGCACAUGAAACUAUGUAUUAGAGAGGAUUGAAACUCAAUUUCAUUUGCCUCAAGCCUGUAUGUAUUGUAUAUAAUUAGGUUAGGGUUUAUAUAUAUAUACAUAUAUAUAUAUAUGUAUAUAUAUAUAUGCCAAAGAAAAUACAUAGAUGGUUUUAAACUACAGGCAUUCACUUAAUAUUAUAUUAAUUAGGGUUACCUUUCGCACAAAAUGGUUAUUUAGCUUUUUCAGUCUUAACCUACUUAUUGUGAAUGGUAGACUCAUAGCUGGAACAUGUUUAUUUGAUAGUGCUUAUAAAACCUGAAAUGAAGAAAAAUUGAAUAUGUUAUCAAUCUGCACAGCAAAACAUCAACAGCAAUUUGGACUCAUUUAAUGUAGGGACAAACCACUUUAUAUGAAUCAAAGAUCACACACCAUUAAAAAAUAAUAUCAUUGAAAUAUGACUAGAAUAAAUGGAAAGUAUCAUUGUAUCAUAUUUUUAAAAGUAUUUUUAACUAAGAUAAUUUUAAUUAGAAAUAAUUAAAACAAAGUUGAGCCUUAAAUGUGCAAUUUCAGAUAUUUGCAGAAUGAAUAUACGUGGAAAACAUCAUUCCUAGAAUAAACAAAUGUGUGUACAGUUAAUGAGAUGGCAUUUCUGAGAUGAAUAUGUUCCGAUGUAAUCAUUAUAGAAAUAACCAAAAAUGAUUGUAAAAUACCAUAAUUACCCCUACAAAUAAACAAAAUCAUAGAAAACUUCAGGCUUCAAGUUUGUUCAGGCUCAAAAUUCACAAAGUGUGUGACCUCUGUCAAUUUUCUUAACUAGUCUAAACCUCAGUUUUCUGUUGGAAUGAUAAUAGUAUCUCCUUUACAGGGAGAUACAAGAAUACCAUUUGGCAAUGUGUGAAAACAGGCACAAUUUAUAUUGCAUGACAAAUUAUUUAUUAAAUCUCAGCUCCUGU